ACUCACUAAAUGGAGGGAUUUCUCAAGGGAGUCUGGGAGCUCUCCCUCCCUCCUCCUCUCCCUGCUGCUGCUGACUGGAGCUGAUGUGACUUAUAAUAUGUUGGUGUUCAGGUUCUUGUUCAUAAUCAUCAGAUACUUGUUAUCCUGUAAAUUCAAAUGAGUCCAAACACAUGAAUGUGUCUCAACAUUUAUUAUGACGUCAUCAUUUAGUCUGAGCCCUGAUCAUCAACUGCAUGAAGUAGAAAUACGUGACUAAAGUACCUCAGAACUGUAGUUCUUUAUAGUACUGGAGUAAAUGUACUUUCCUCCACUGUUACUGGUGUUUGUACAACAGUGACGUCAGUCGUGUCUGCUGGUUAAACUUCCAGUCUGAUGCUCCAUGACGCCAUCUAGAGGACUGACAGUAGAAGUGCAGCAUUCAUGUGACACUGAUAUGAAGCAGCCAAUCAGAAGAGGAGCAGCUGAUGUUCUGACAGGAGACAUGAUGGAAAGGCUGAUUUCAGUUGAUGUGCAGAUGAAUGAUUUGUGUUUCCUCUCCAGAUGAAAGUGUGUGUGAGAUGAGCAGCAUGAAUCAGUGUGAGGACAGAGAGGAGGGAGGCCCUCCCUCUAAAACCACUGGACCAGGACCAGGACCUGAGCCCAGCUGUGUGUCCUUCAAGAGUGACCAGUCAAAGGAUGAUAUCAUGAAUUUCAAACAAGAACCUUCCUCAGACAGACAGAGACCAGCCUCUACUGGACCUGGACCAGGACCUGGACCUGGACCUGAGCCCAGCUGUGUGUCCUUUAAGAGUGACCAGUCAAAGGAUGAUAUCAUGAAUUUCAAACAAGAACCUUCCUCAGACAGACAGAGACCAGCCUCUACUGGACCUGGACCAGGACCUGGACCUGGACCUGAGCCCAGCUGUGUGUCCUUUAAGAGUGACCAGUCAAAGGAUGAUAUCAUGAAUUUCAAACAAGAACCUUCCUCAGACAGACAAGUCGACCAGGAGAGCUCAGAGGUUCCCAGAGGUCCGUCUGUCCAGCAGCAUCAGACACACCUGGACUCCAUAUUUAUGCUGCUGGAGGAGAACAUUGUCACUUUUGUGAAGAACGAGCUGAAGAAGGUCCAGAAGGUUCUGAGUUCAGAUUACCCAGAAUGCUCAGAGAGUCAGAGGGAGGAUGAGGAGGUGUUGGAUGGUGAGGAUGAAGAGCAGAGGAGGAGCAGCAGAGAGGCAUUUCUGAAGAUCAUACUUCACUUCCUGAGGAGAAUGAAGCAGGAGGAGCUGGCUGACUGUCUGCAGAGCAAAAGUCAUUCUGCAGUUUGUCAGCGUAAACUCAAAUCUAACCUUCAGAAGAAGUUCCAGUGUGUGUUUGAGGGGAUCGCUAAAGCAGGAAACCCAACCCUUCUGAAUCAGAUCUACACAGAGCUCUACAUCACAGAGGGAGGGACUGCAGAGGUCAAUGAUGAACAUGAGGUCAGACAGAUUGAAACAGCAUCCAGGAAACCACACAGACCAGAAACAACAGUCAGACAAGAAGACAUCUUUAAAGCCUCACCUGGAAGAGACGAACCAAUCAGAACAGUGAUGACAAAGGGAGUGGCUGGCAUCGGGAAAACAGUCUUAACACAGAAGUUCACUCUGGACUGGGCUGAAGACAAAGACAACCAGGACAUACAGUUCACAUUUCCAUUCACUUUCAGAGAGCUGAAUGUGCUGAGAGAGAAAAAGUUCAGCUUGGUGGAACUUGUUCAUCACUUCUUCACUGAAACCAAAGAAAUCUGCAGCUUUGAAGAGUUCCAGGUUGUGUUCAUCUUUGACGGUCUGGAUGAGUGUCGACUUCCUCUGGACUUCCACAACACUAAAAUCCUCUCUGAUGCCACAAAAUCAGCCUCAGUGAAUGUGCUGCUGACAAACCUCAUCAGGGGAAAUCUGCUUCCCUCUGCUCGCCUCUGGAUAACCACACGACCUGCAGCAGCCAAUCAGAUCCCUCCUGGGUGUGUUGACAUGGUGACAGAGGUCAGAGGGUUCACUGACCCACAGAAGGAGGAGUACUUCAGGAAGAGAUUCAGAGACGAGGAGCAGGCCAGCAGAAUCAUCUCCCACAUCAAGACAUCACGAAGCCUCCACAUCAUGUGCCACAUCCCAGUCUUCUGCUGGAUCACUGCUACAGUUCUGGAGGAUGUGUUGAAGACCAGAGAGGGAGGAGAGCUGCCCAAGACCCUGACUGAGAUGUACAUCCACUUCCUGGUGGUUCAGGCAAAAGUGAAGAAGGUCAAGUAUGAUGGAGGAGCUGAGACAGAUCCACACUGGACUCCAGAGAGCAGGAAGAUGAUUGAGUCUCUGGGAAAACUGGCUUUUGAUCAGCUGCAGAAAGGAAACCUGAUCUUCUAUGAAUCAGACCUGACAGAGUGUGGCAUCAAUAUCAGAGCAGCCUCAGUGUACUCAGGAGUGUUCACACAGAUCUUUAAAGAGGAGAGAGGACUGUACCAGGACAAGGUGUUCUGCUUCAUCCAUCUGAGUGUUCAGGAGUUUCUGGCUGCUCUUCAUGUCCAUCUGAUGUUCAUCAACUCUGGAGUCAAUCUGCUGGCAACAAACAAACAAACAAAAGACCGUCGAUCUGCAGAGAAACAUCUCUACCAGAGUGCUGUGGACGAGGCCUUACAGAGUCCAAAUGGACACCUGGACUUGUUCCUUCGUUUCCUCCUGGGUCUUUCACUGCAGACCAAUCAGACUCUCCUGCGAGGUCUGCAGACACGGACAGGAAGUUGCUCACAGACCAAUCAGGAAACAGUCGAGUACAUGAAGAAGAAGAUCAGUGAGAAUCUGUCUCCAGAGAGAAGCAUCAAUCUGUUCCACUGUCUGAAUGAACUGAACGAUCGUUCUCUAGUGGAGGAGAUCCAACAGUACCUGAGCUCAGGACGUCUCUCCACAGAUAAACUGUCUCCUGCUCAGUGGUCAGCUCUGGUCUUCAUCUUACUGUCAUCAGAAGAUGACGUGGACAUGUUUGACCUGAAGAAAUACUCUGCUUCAGAGGAGGCUCUUCUGAGGCUGCUGCCAGUGGUCAAAGCCACCAACAAAGCUCUACUGAGUGGCUGUAACCUCUCAGAGAGAAGCUGUGAAGUUCUGUCCUCAGUUCUCAGCUCCCAGUCCUCUAGUCUGAGAGAGCUGGACCUGAGUAACAACAACCUGCAGGAUUCAGGAGUGAAGCGACUGUCUGCUGAACUGAAGAGUCCACACUGUGUCCUUGAAACUCUCAGGCUGUCAGGCUGUCUGAUCACAGAGGAAGGCUGUACUUCUCUGGCCUCAGCUCUGGACUCCAACCCCUCCCAUCUGAGAGAGCUGGACCUGAGUAACAACAACCUGCAUGAUUCAGGAGUGAAGCGACUUUCUUCUGAACUGAAGAGUCCACACUGUGUCCUUGAAACUCUCAGGCUGUCAGGCUGUCUGAUCACAGAGGAAGGCUGUACUUCUCUGGCCUCAGCUCUGGACUCCAACCCCUCCCAUCUGAGAGAGCUGGACCUGAGCUACAAUCAUCCAGGAGACUCAGGAGUGAAGCAGCUGUCUGCUCGACUGGAGGAUCCAGGCUGGAGACUGGACACUCUCAGGGUGGAGCCUGCUGGAGUCCGAUGGUUGACACCAGGUCUGAGGAAGUAUUCCUGUGAGCUCACAGUCGACACAAACACAGUCAGCAGAAACAUCAAACUGUCUGACAACAACAGGAAGAUGACACAUGUGGAGGAGGUUCAGUCAUAUCUUGAUCAUCCAGAGAGGUUUGACUGUCCUCAGCUGCUGUGUAGAACUGGUUUGACUGGUCGCUGUUACUGGGAGGUCGAAUGGAGAGGAAAUGUUUCUAUAUCAGUGAGUUACAGAAGAAUCAGAAGGAAAGGAGACAGUAAAGACUGUUGGUUUGGACUGAAUAAUCAGUCCUGGAGUCUGGACUUCCUCUCCUCCCUCCUCUCCUCCCUCCUCUCCUCCUCCUCCUCCUCCUCCUCCUCCUCCUCCUCCUCCUCUGGUAGAGUAGCAGUGUAUGUGGACUGUCCUGCUGGCACUCUGUCCUUCUACAGAGUCUCCUCUGACUCACUGAUCCACCUCCACACCUUCAACACCACAUUCACUGAACCUCUUUAUCCUGGAUUUGGACUCUUGUGGACCAGUCCUGGUUCCUCAGUGAGUCUGUGUGGUGUUUAGUGUGCAGAGUCUCCUCCUGUCACAGAAACAUUGUCAGUGCUGAACAGUUGAGUCUGUACAGGAUCACAGUCACAUCAAUCUUUCAGCUUCUUGUAAUAAAUUCAUCAUCAACUUUGUACAAAAUGAUUCAAACUGAUUGAAAAGAUUCUUCAUUUACAUUUGAAACUUCUUUCGUUGACUUGUACUUUCUGUCAUGUGUUGUUUUGAAUUCUGGCUCUUGUUCCAAUAAAAUCCACAACUAUCAGUGAAAUGUAAGAAACAGAAAACAUUGACUCGUCUGCAGCUUUAAUUGUAAAGAAUCAUUGUGAACAAAGUUGUAAAUGGACAGUAAAAUCUGAUCAAAUGUACUCGACACUCCACCUGAAACGCUCUGACUUGUUUCAUGUGUUUGUAAUGAUGAAACUAAAAGUUUGAUGGUGUUGGUUAACACAUGUAAUUAUGUCCGUAGUGACAGAGUCAUAAACUGCACAACAUCUCUUCAUUUCUGUCUGAUUAUUAUAUGAGAAGAAAACACAUUUGAAUGACAAUCAUUGUGUUUCUCUCCGUGUUUUGUGGCUGUUGAAGUCCGGCUGUAUUUUCAGGACGUUUGUUGGAUUUGAAUCUCAUCUGUGAAAAUAAACAGCUGUGAGAAAAGGUUAA